AUGGCUGACUCCGCAGACGAGCCGCUGAUGCGGCAUGAGCCGGAGAACGAUGACGAUCCAGCUGUUGCCGUUGACCUUUCCGAUGUCUCUCUCCUCCUCGAGAAGAAUCUGCGGCAUCCAGGUCUAUUCGUGUGGCUACUUACUUUCUCAGCGGGGAUCAGUGGGCUGUUAUUCGGAUACGACACUGGAGUCAUUUCCGCGACCCUCGUCUCGAUCAAUAGCUCCCUCGGCCACCCAUUGACGACUCUGGACAAGAGUCUUAUAACUUCUGCGACGGCGCUGUUUGCAUUGCUCGUCUCUCCCAUCUCUGGCGUGCUGGCAGAUAAGUUUGGAAGGAAGAGAGUUGUGCUGUUGGCGGAUAUUGCGUUUAUCCUCGGUGCUUUAGUACAGACUGCCACCUCCUCUGUGGCGGGGAUGAUUGCUGGCCGAUCGAUCGUGGGACUUGCUGUUGGGGCGGGAAGUUUCGUGGCCCCGUUAUAUAUUGCUGAACUUGCGCCAGCUCCGUUCAGAGGGAGACUGGUGACGCUAAAUGUUUUAUUUGUUACACUUGGACAGGUGGUGGCCUAUAUUGUCGGUUGGGUUUUUGCGGAAUGGGGGAAUGAGAAUACGGGCUGGAGGUGGAUGGUUGGUCUAGGGGCUUUGCCGGCUGCGGUCCAGUGUUUGGUUAUGUUGAUUAUGCCAGAGACGCCGAGAUGGCUUGUCCAAGUGGGACAACAUGAUGAGGCUAGGAGUGUUUUGAACAAGGUGUUUGGAGGUGGUAUUGAGAUACAGCGUAUGGUUGAUCAUGUUCUGAGAGGGAUUGAGAACGAAGUUCGAGAAGAGGAGGAAGCGAAGAGAGGGAGGCUGAGAGGUCAGAGUAAGAAGGGAAAAUCAACUUGGCUUACUGGCUCGAAAGAUAAUUGGAAAGAGCUGUUCAGAAUUGGUGGGAAUAGAAGAGCAUUGACUAUUGCUUGCUUGCUGCAAGGUCUCCAGCAACUAUGCGGUUUCAACUCCUUGAUGUACUUCUCCGCCACCAUCUUCACCAUCCUGGGCUUCGAAAGCCCAACUCUAACCUCUCUCUCGGUGGCGCUGACGAACUUCCUCAUGACUUGCGCCGCUCUGUUACUCAUCGACCGUAUUGGACGAAGGCGUAUCCUCCUCUGGUCCAUCCCAAUCAUGUCCAUUGGCCUCCUUCUCUGCAGUUUUGGAUUCCAUUUCAUCACCCUGCCCGCUGAUCUUAACUCGAAGAAUCCAUCAUCUUCUUCAUCUGCACAUGAAGAGAUCCCGCUCUCAGAACGAACAGCUCCAUUACUCGUCCUUGCAAGCGUAAUGCUGUAUGUCGGCGCCUAUGCUCUCGGACUUGGGAACGUCCCUUGGAUGCAGAGCGAGCUCUUCCCUCUCAAUGUGCGCUCCCUUGGCUCGGGACUAAGUACGAGUACGAACUGGGGCGCAAAUUUCGUUGUUGGGUUGACCUUCUUGCCAAUGAUGGAGUUCCUGACGCCUGCUUGGACAUUUGUGAUCUAUGCCAUUGUAUGCGUAGCAGGAUGGCUUUGCAUCUGGCGUAUAUACCCCGAAACAAAGGGAUUAUCUUUGGAGGAGACGGGAACGUUGCUUGCGGAUGGUUGGGGCGUGAGGGAAAGUUUGAGGAGAGCAGAGGAAAGGAGCUAG